AUACACCAAUUGCUUUACUACAAGAUGUUGAUUGAGGAAUCCUACCACGAUGUCAAGACAUCGUAUGGUACUACCAUGCGUAUCUUCACCUAUAGCCCAGUUAUUCCCAACUAUCCCGAGGUCAAAUUCCCAGGGGUGAUUGUCUAUAGUGAAAUCUACCAAGUCACUGGUCCAGUGCAAAGAUUUGCCAAAGAUAUCGCCGGUCAAGGUUUUAUUGUUGCUUGUCCAUCGAUCUAUCACAACUUUGAAGGGCCAGAGGCUUUGGCUUAUGAUGUCGAAGGUACUGACAAGGGUAACAAGUACAAGAUUGAAAAGGAAUUGGAAUCUUAUGAUGAAGACAACAAAUUGACCAUUGAGUACUUAACUUCAUUGCCUAACUGUAAUGGUAAGAUUGGUGCUACUGGUAUGUGCCUUGGUGGCCACUUGGCUUUCCGUGCUGCUUUAGAUCCAAGAAUCAAAGCUGCUGUUUGUUUCUUUGCUACUGAUAUCCAUAACCAUGCUCUUGGUAAAGGUCAAAAUGACGAUUCUUUAAAGAGGUGUGGUGAAAUUCAAGGUGAGAUUGUGAUGAUCUUUGGUUGCAAGGAUAACCAUGUUCCUUUACCAGGUAGAGACUUGAUUAGAAGUGAAUUGAGAUCUAAAGAUGUCGAAAUGACCUUUAUUGAAAUUAAUGAUGCUCAACAUGCUUUUGUUAGAGAUGAAAGCAGUAAAGGAAGAUAUGAUCCUGCCAUCACCAAGAACUGUUUCGAAUGGCUUUUCGAGCUAUUCAACCGUAAGUUGAAGUUGGAAUACGGUGACCACGACGGUAAGAAUGUCUUUAUCCAAGAUAUCUGUUAAGUAUGUGUAGACUUUGUGUUGUUUAUAUGCAGGCAAAUAUUCCAAAUCGAAAAAAUAAAAAAUUG